UCUGUAAUGAGUUUUAUUUUGAAAGAAACAAAAAUACGUCCAAAUAUCAACUGUAGCUUGACAUCUUAGCUCGGUGGCAGCAGGGAGGGAGCGGCUCUGGUAGAGAGACAACCACACAGAGUGGAGGAAAGGGAGAGAGCGAGAGCAGCGGAGUGUACGGGUGGAUGACGACAGACAGUCAGAAUGCGUGAAUACAAACUGGUUGUUUUAGGAUCGGGAGGCGUUGGAAAGUCAGCGCUGACUGUGCAGUUUGUUCAAGGAAUCUUUGUGGAGAAAUAUGACCCAACGAUAGAGGACUCAUACAGGAAGCAAGUGGAGGUCGAUGGACAGCAGUGUAUGUUGGAGAUCCUAGAUACAGCAGGAACAGAACAAUUCACAGCGAUGAGAGACUUGUACAUGAAGAACGGUCAGGGAUUCGCUCUGGUUUAUUCCAUCACAGCUCAGUCUACCUUCAAUGAUCUUCAGGACCUCAGAGAGCAGAUCCUGAGAGUGAAGGACACUGAAGACGUUCCUAUGAUCCUGGUUGGAAACAAGUGUGACCUGGAGGUGGAGCGUGUGGUGGCCAAAGAGUCAGGCAUUGGUCUCGCUCGUCAGUGGAACUCCUGCGCCUUUUUGGAGACUUCAGCCAAGAGCAAGAUUAACGUCAACGAGAUCUUCUACGACCUUGUGCGGCAGAUUAACAGGAAGAGUCCAGUUCCGGGCAAAACUCGCAAAAAGUCCACCUGUCAGCUUCUCUAAUGACAGACCACCAACCAACAGACCAACCAAUCACAGGACAUCUUCCAGCUGGUCACUCCCCUUUAACACCUGACCACACCUUCUGUCCCUUCUAUCACCCUCUCUAACAGAGACUUUUGCCUUGGCUUCAUUAAAAGAAAAACAUCAAACCAUCAGCGGAGUUGACGUCCAUAAUGAGGAUGCGGAAUGCAGGAAAUCUGGGACGGGAGAACAGGGGUUUUGUCCAAACAAUGUAAACUACAGUUUCCAUCUUGCGCUCUGCUAGGCUGUUUUUUGCGCUAGGGGAGUGGCUUCUUGCCUAUUUGAUUUUUGUUCUUUUUAAAAUGUUUCUUUCCUAGUGUUUCUUUUUCUUUCUGUAUUUCCUGCAGCACUGAGUCUUUAACGCCAUCACCAUCACCAUCGGCCAUGUCGGUGCCGGAGUUGCCAUGAUAAUGAUGACGUAGCACCGAAAAUGGCUGAUUUCAAUGUAUGUGCGUGUUUGGCUCUGGUUUAACCUGUGGAUUUAUACCGUGAUUAUCAUUAUUAUUAUUAUUAUUAUUAUAUUGGUUAUAUUUCUGACCAUGUUUAAAAAAAAAAGUAUAAAAUUUCAUGGUAUUGUUUUGUGGGACGAGGUAUGAAAUGCAGCAGGUUAGGUGUCAGCUCAUGGUGUUGUUAGCUCUGCGCUAACCUAUAUUAGCCAAGGCAGAUAUUUUGGCAGGGUUUUCAAACCCUACGGAUUUACCACUAAUUCAACUGUAGUUUUGGGCUAGCACGUUCUUCAUUAAUUUAACAAGCCUGUAAGUCUAAGCACUUUCUUUAAACUUUGAGACAUUUGUAGCAUGAUAACAUGGCAACACGAUGAUAGCUGCUAGCUACUCGCUCUGACAGCGUCCGUAGUUGCCAGCUUUCAUCUCUUUUGUUAGCUUUGGGCGAGUUUUUGCUGGAGCUGAAUAUAUUGAUUUAGCUGCGCUAGUAGUGAUGAAAUGCCUACAAGUGUUUGUAGAGAUUUUGCUCAUCUGUUCUGAAACAGUAAUAGUAGCAAACCAUGUGCUAAUUUGUUCUGUGAGGAAUAUGCUAAUGGUUUGUCAUUAUUUUCAAAGAAAUAGAAUACAGUUGCUAAGGCUAACUGGUUAGCAUUAACGGCAGCGGCACAGAGCUGACAUCAAAUCUGUUGCUCAGGGCGGACAUGUUGCCUUUAGACAGCAGACUCACACUGGUCCAGUACUUUAGCUUUGUGUGUAUGUGUGUGUAUGUGUGAGAGUGUUUGUUUAAGUAGCAAAAGUGAACCAGGCCAGUUGGGCCUAAAGUGAGGACGUGGCGGUUUGUUAUUGUUACUAAUUACUGAACAGGACAAAAGUGUUGGUUCUGUUUCAUUAUCCACAUAUGUAUCUAAUGAUUAAUAUUAAUAAUAACCCCCCAAAAAAAGGUUGUUCGUGGAAAAAGUUAUUCUGACGGUCAAACUAUUUUCAUUGACCAGAUGAAUUCAUAGAAUUUUUUUAGUAUGAUGGUCAAAUAUUAGUGGAAAAAAAUUGAUGGAGCUGGUCAGAUGCUCAGAUCAGUAUUUAAAUUUUUAAUUGUGCACAAAAAAUGUUUGUAAACAUCCAAAAAAUACUGUUUUUGCUUGGCUAAUGAGGAAGAGUUUGCAUCACUUUAGCCAAAUGAUUCAGUGUUUUUUAUUUCUUUACACUGAACCAGCUCCUCGUGCUAAUUUGUGGUGUCUCUCCUUUAAAUAAGUCAUUUGGAAAGAAACAACGCUGUUUCAGUUUAAAAACACAUUGUGUUAGCAUUAAGAGCAGCGUACAUGAAGAUGAUUUUAGUGUAAAUAAUCCAAGUAUAAUCUCAGUGUUCCACAGAAUCACAGCCAAAUUUGAGAGGUUGGGCUUAUAGAUGUAACCACACCCCCUAUUGGCCAAUACGCAUGGUCAGACAAAUCAGUUGAAUAGUCCGUGUUCUGUUUGAAAUGCAAGUAAUUAGCUUGCAGGUUCAGUGUGUUUUGGCCGGUGACCUCUGUGAGUUCUGCUUCUGCACAGUGUUUCAGUGGUUUUAUAACUGGUACCAUGGUACCGACAUCAGUACUUCAUUGGCUCCUCCUCCGGUAUGUUCACUCAUGUAGCAUGUUCAUAUUUUUCUCAGAACUCGCUCUGACCUCCAGGAGGUGCUGUGACUGUUUGCAUGCCCCUGCAGAAGCUUUUGACUAAGAGACAAAAGUCAGUCUUUGGCAAUUGUGACUUGUUUUCAGUCCAGUGCUGACUAUUGUUUUGAUAAUGUGCUGUGAACAGUUGAAGCAAAUAGGACAACUGAAGUUUUGAAAACAGCCAAAAUAAUUUCUAACAGCAAAGUUUUCAGAAAGUCUUGGCAUAAAAGUUCUUCCUAUUAUAUGCAGCAUAAAAAUGGGUCACGUGGUUUCAUUUGACUUAAAUGAAAUAUGCCUUUUUUUGUGCUGCAUUAUUGUUAAAGCCUCAAUGUUCUCACUACUGCCCCCUGUGGCAGAAUGGUAGAAGACACCCACAGCAUCUCUAGCCAAAAGAAAAUCAAGGGAAAAUGCCAUGUUUUUACAUCAGUAUAUUUAUUUUCACAGACUUGACAAGACUUGACAGAGAAAUAUUUCUAUUUGCAAAAAAAAAAAAAAAAAAAGCAGUUCUAUGUAAAAGGCCACAAGAGGCAGCAAUGACCCAACAUCACGCUCGGAUACUAACACAAUCGAGCCAGGCAAUGGUGCAAUUUUUUUUUUCCAAAAUAAAUUUCAAACGGGACACAAUCACAUUUAUUUUUUGUCAAUUUGUUUGAAAAGAGAAUUUUUAAUUUAAUCUUUUUGACUACGAUAUUACCUACAUUCUGGUCCUAUGUCAAACAGGGCAUGUUAAUUUUUAUUUAUUUUAUCUUUAGGUCAUGAUUGGCUGAGUUGUGGCAAACAUUAAUUAUAUAUAUAUAUAUAUAUAUAUAUAUAUAUAUAUUGCUUUCAUCCAGCCAAUCAGAUAUCUUAAAAAUAGUUGCACCUGCAGUCAGAUGCUGGUAACCUUGUGGUCAAGAAGAAAAUGUAUGAUGAUGACAUCACUGAGAUAUGGACCUGCUUGUGUUUCUGUGUAUGGCAUGAUUUGUGAUGUGUUUGAGGUUCAGAUUCAAAUCUCCACUUUGUAACAAAUGCGUGUGUCAGAAUUUGUUUGGUUUUUUUUUUUCAAAUGGUAAAAAUCUGAGUAAAAAUUAAAAAAAAAAAAGCAGCAGUAGUGCAAGCUCUGAGGUCAGGCACGGGGUGUGGAGGAGGAGAACAAGGAGGAGGAAGUGGAUGAGGGAGGGGAGGAAUGGAGGGAGAGGGUGAAGCCAAAUGUUAAGUAAAUAACUAAAAAGCCUUAAAUGAAUAAAAGUGGUGCAAUUUUGUAACAGC